GACCCACCAAAAUGGGCGGGGUUUUAACCGGAAGCCGACCUUUUUAAACCGGAAGCUGAGCUGUCGGCAGUGUUUUGGAGGUUGGCCGUCACGUGAGGUGCAGUCGUCACCGGGAGGGAGAGCAAAGACAUGGCGACGGAGCCUUCGCCCAAGGUCAUCUUUGAACAUGAGGGAGUCUUCCUCCAUCCCGGCAGCGAUGAAGAUAUCGAACCAGACUUCCUGGUUUCAGGAUCCCUCCGGAUCCUUGACAAGGACGCUGAGAUCGUGGUGGAGUACAGACCUCUGGAGGACACCGUAGACCCCUCAAACAUGCUGUGUGCUGGAAAGGACUCCAGCUCGGUGGUGGGGUGGGCCCAGUGUCCGGGGGACCGCCCUCAGUCUCAGCAGCUGCUGGAGACCCAGCUGAGCUACGAGACUGAGUGGGACAUGGUGAACGCCGUGUCAUUCAGGAAGAGGCGGAGCUCCAAUGCUGAAGGCUCUCUGAACACCAGCCACGAGAAGAGCCGCUGGGCGUUCAGCUUCAGCGUCAGCGACCUCCGCUCCAUCACAGUGAGGGAGGAGGGGUGGACCUUCCUCAUCCUCCAGCUGAAGGACGCCUCCACCCCUUUGCCACAUCUGCACUUCCACCAGGGCGGCAGCAGAGCGUUCCUGGACAGCCUGAGGAGAUUCGCUCUGCUCACCGAGGCUCCAGGCGAUAACACGUGUCUUCUGGUCAGCACUCCAAACAAAGCUCUGUCCCAGUCCUUCGAGAACCUUCUGGACGACAACAACUUCGGCCUGAUUCACAAGUUCAAACGGGACCCGUAUGUCACCACGCUGGGCGGCUUCUCCAAAGUCACAAACUACCUAUUCGACGCCCUGCGGGGGACAGAAGAGCAGCAGCAGCGCCCCCCAGAGGAGGUGGCAGACCUGCUGGGCGAGAUCAUCCCGGGGCUGGAGAUCAACCAGCAGGAGGAGCCGGGCUUCGAGGUCAUCACCAGGAUUGAUCUGGGAGUAAGGCCUGAGGUAAGCAGGAAGGCACCGCUGUCUGCAGACGACUGGGCCAGACACCAGGAUCCAGACGGGAGGAUGAAGGACGUCCAAGACCUGAAACACGCCAUCUUCAAAGGGGGUCUGUAUCACGCUGUGAGGAAGGAGGCCUGGAAGUUCCUGCUGGGUUAUUUUCCCUGGGAGAGCACGCACGAGGAGAGGAAGACUCUGCAGAGAGAAAAAAUUGACGAAUACUUCAGGAUGAAGCUGCAGUGGAAAUCAGUGAGUGAGGAGCAGGAGAGGCGGAACUCCAGACUGAGAGACUACAGGAGUCUGAUCGAGAAAGACGUGAACCGAACAGACAGAACGAACCGCUUCUACGAAGGCAUCGACAACCCGGGCCUGGUCCUGCUGCACGACAUCCUCAUGACCUACUGCAUGUACGACUUCGACCUGGGUUACGUUCAGGGGAUGAGUGACCUGCUCUCACCCAUCCUCUAUGUCAUGGAGAACGAGGUGGAUGCCUUCUGGUGCUUUGUGGCCUUCAUGGACCAGAUGCACACCAACUUUGAGGAGCAGAUGCAGGGCAUGAAGACUCAGCUGAUCCAGCUCAGCACGCUGCUCAGACUGCUCGACCUGGCCUUCUGGAACUACCUCGAGUCUCAGGAUUCAGGAUAUCUGUACUUCUGCUUCCGCUGGCUGCUCAUCAGGUUUAAGAGAGAGCUCAGCUUCGUGGACGUGCUGCGGCUCUGGGAGGUGAUGUGGACCGGGCUACCCUGUGAGAACUUCCACCUGCUGGUCUGCUGCGCCAUCCUGGACUCAGAGAAGCAGAAGAUCAUGGAGGAAAACUACGGCUUCAACGAGAUCCUCAAGCACAUCAACGAGCUCUCGAUGAAACUGGACAUCGAGGAGAUCCUGCAGAAAGCUGAGGGCAUCUGUCUGCAGAUCAGGAGCUGCAAGGACCUUCCUCGCUCUGUCGCCGUCAUCUUGGGCUUCGACGAUGAGUCUCGCCGCUCAGAUUCGACGGAUUGUGGAUCGGCCGCGGCUCCAGGAGCGGCUCGGCGGGGGGACGCGGUCUCCAAUGGACACUUGAGAGAAAGCAGCAGCGAGCAGAGCUGCGGAGUGGCCUUCAUAUCGUAGUGAAGAGUGGAGAUGGACUAAGUGUGGGUGGAGCCACACAUACACCCCGCCCACACAGGCGUGUAAAAAGAUUAUUGAAAAUCUUAUUUUUGUAACUUCUUGUACCAUAUGGUGUCUGAUCCAGUCAUUCCUCGUCUGCUUGUCUCUGAAGCCUCAUUCAGACCAAUGAGGAGCAGGAGGAUGUGAACAUGUGACUGCUCAGUCUCAUGUUGGCUCCUCCUCCUGAGUGACAUCACAGAACCUAAACCUGUUUCUAAACAUUGAAGAUGAGGAGCAGCUGUUUGGCUUUGUGCAUUUAAUUUAAAAAAAAAAAA